CUGAACACUACACUAGUCAUAGUUUUUCAACUUAAUAUUUUCCCCCAGAAUUUAUUUAUGUGAUUAUUCAAGGCAAAGGAGUUAUUGAACAUGGCUAUUCAUAUGGCGCAUCCAUCAGUGCGGAUGAAAGGCGCUGAGGCAGACUGGACGCCCAUACAAUGCACAGACAGGGAGUGUAGCCACUGUUUUACUUUCUCGUCGCAGGUCAUGCUACAAGAUAACUUUUACGGUCCAUGUUUUUGAAAAGAUUUGUCUUAAAAUAUUGCAGUGAUGUAGAUCCUGCAUCGUCCACGGCAUCAUUCACGAGCAGAAAUACUUCAAGGGUGCCCACUGGCACUGCUACCACUGUCACAACGGGUUCAGCAGGAGGGACGAGGCUAUGAAGCACUACCAGCAACACUUCCGUAAUCCAGAGACCACAAUACAGAUAGUUAUUACUCGGGAUGUCAACCAGAUCUUCACCACAUACACUGACCCAGCACCCAACAGUACCAGCCUGGUAACACACCUCAUAGUCCCCCAGUCACAGCAGCCAUCGGAGACAGACACAUCAUCCCCGGGGCUAUGAGCAGACUGACGGGCAGCAGCCGCAGAUCGAGUACCAGUAUGCCUGCAUCAAUGAUCCGAGCCAGAGCACUGCCAAUGGGGAAGGUCAGAUGUUGUCCUUAUUGAGAUACCAGACGAAGGAAGCAAAGAGGAUUUGGAAGACGAGACUUGCUACACAGAGCACAACUUGUCGCUGCUGCUGCAGGAGAAGGAACGUCUGGAGAAGACUCUUGAGGAGGAGCGGACCACGUGGGCCCAGACAGAGCACAGGAUGAAAGGCACUAUAGAAAGGCUUCGUACAAAGGUUGAGUAUUUGUCCAACACAAACAUGUCACUCAAGCAGCAGCUGUCCAUGAUUCACACGUCCAGUUUGAAACAUCUAACCAACGACAGCGAGAACCAGUCCAUUUUGCAAGAGUUACUGCAACACAUGUCUGAGGAGCACACCCAGCUGCUGCACCACCAUCUAGCACAGCUACGGCUGUACACUCAGGCCUGCGCAUUAUCCAAAUCAGCCCCCGAGGAAUCUGCAGCUGAAUCUACAGUCUUGGUACCAGACCUGGCUGACCAAUCACAGGACAUCUCACACAUGGCCAUGAUGUCGUCCUCGGAGGGCACCCUUGGGAACAUGGAGCAGACAGUCGUCAUGACGAUAAUGUCUGAGGAGGAUUCGGAGCCGCUCGGCAACAUCGUGGAUAACCCCGGAGAUACUGUGGGAUAUGACUCCUUGACUUUGGAUAAGGACGUUCACUUGUCACCAAAUGACAUUCUGUACCAACUGACAAGCGAGGGACUGUCACCAAGACAUGCCACCUCUGAGUCGGGUCACGUUUAUCAAUCAGGUAGAACUCAUUCACAUCACAACACAGGCUGUGAUGUCUCGCAACAGGAUUUUCACAAGAACAAAAGUUGAAAAUUGGUUCUUUCCAACAGCAUGCCAAAAAUAUUCUGCCCCGAUGGCUUUGACAAAAGAACGUUUGAUGACAACAUGUCAAAUGAGGGACCACCAUUAAAAUGUGGGAGAACUAACAGCCUGAAAGCCACUUAACUAAAUAAAACCGGACAUAUUUUGUAAACAGUGUACACUCAGUGUUGUCUUAGGGCUUAGU